AUGAUGGCUAUUGCAAUGAUGUUGCAUCUUAUUUUCUAUAUAGUUGUAACGGCAAAAAUAUCAAAAAUUCAUCCAUGUUAUAUGGAAACUUCUAUAGAAGUAUUAAAUAUUCGUGAUUGUUUAAAUACUUCAAUACAAAUCGAAACAAGAUAUUGUCGAGGUUCAUGUUAUUCACAAGAUUAUCUUAUUUAUGAUUGGCAAUCUGAAGGAAAAUCUUAUCGACAUCAACAUCAUAUUCAUUGCUGUUCACCAAAUAUUACAAUAUCUCGUGAACUAAAAGUUAUGUGUAAUGAUAAACAACUACGAAUAAUCAAAUAUCCUUUUGUUCAACAAUGUCAAUGUAAAUCAUGUACUAAUGAUUGUAUUAGUUGA